GGGGCACGCCCGUAUCUCUAGCCCGGCCGACAGCGGGCAGCGAGGCUCAGUCCUCGCCCCUUCUCCCAGCUGCUAUUCGGGGCUCCCGAGGCGCUCACAGGGGUCGACUGCGUCCGUGGGGCACAACCCAGGGGCCAGGCUAAGACGCCACACACGGCAACCACCCUCAACAACGACCCCCACGACGCCCCGCGCCCGAGGACCAGCAGGCUGGGGUCCGAGAACCUCCUCGCCGGAAGCGGAAGUGCGUCACGGCGACGGCCGGCAAGCACGCACAGCGCAGACUCGCUGUGGUGGCGUGACCCGGAAGCACUCGCCGAGGCCCCUCCUUGCCCGCCGAUAUCUCUGCCGGGUGACUAGCUGCUUCCUUUCUCUCUCGCGCGCGGUGUGGUGGCAGCAGGCGCAGCCCAGCCUCGAAAUGCAGAACGACGCCGGCGAGUUCGUGGACCUGUACGUGCCGCGGAAAUGCUCCGCUAGCAAUCGCAUCAUCGGUGCCAAGGACCACGCAUCCAUCCAGAUGAACGUGGCCGAGGUUGACAAGGUCACAGGCAGGUUUAAUGGCCAGUUUAAAACUUAUGCUAUCUGCGGGGCCAUUCGUAGGAUGGGUGAGUCAGAUGAUUCCAUUCUCCGAUUGGCCAAGGCCGAUGGCAUCGUCUCAAAGAACUUUUGACUGGAGAGAAUCACAGAUGUGGAAUAUUUGUCAUAAAUAAAUAAUGAAAACCUA